AUGGAUGAUGCUGGAGUGCUCGUAAAGAAAGGCUACAGCCUCAUAAAACUGAUAGGAGAAGGCUCUUACAGCAAAGUGAAAUCCGCCUACUGCGACCGGCUGAAAUGCAACGUGGCCAUCAAGAUAAUCGACAGAAGGAAAACUCCUCGGGACUUACUGGAAAGGUGUCUCCCCAGGGAAAUAGAGGCUUUGAGACGUUUGCACCACCCCUCAAUCAUCAAAACCUAUGAAAUUUUUGAGACAUCAGUUGGGAAAGUGUACAUAGUGAUGGAGCUGGGGCAAAAGGGAGACCUCCUGGACUACAUCAAGAACAUGGGAGCUAUGAAAGAGGAAGUCGCUUGCACGAUGUUUCAGCAGUUGGCUUCUGCCAUCAAGUAUUGCCGCGACUUGCACUUUGCUCACAGGGACCUGAAAUGUGAGAACAUCCUUCUCGAUGAACACCUCAACAUCAAGCUGUCAGACUUUGGCUUUUCCAAAUUCUUGUCUCAGGAUGAAAACGGAGAAAUUAUUCUCAGUAAAACCUUCUGCGGGUCUGUUGCGUACGCAGCCCCUGAAGUGCUAGAGGGCAUUCCUUGUGACCCCAGGAUUUCUGACAUAUGGAGCUUAGGUGUCAUCCUAUAUACAAUGGUCUACGCUCUAAUGCCCUUCGAUGACUCCAAUGUCAAGAAAAUGAUCAGUACCCAGAAAGAACACAGGAUUUCUUUCCCCAACACAAAACACCUGACUGUAGAGUGUCAGGACCUCAUUUACCACUUACUCCAGCCCAAUGUGUCUCAGAGGCUGAGCAUAGAUGAAGUUUUGAAACACUCAUGGUUGCAGAUUUCAAACUCCGCGAUCCCUGCCCUUCCGCCAGCAGCAGAGGAGGGUGAGCAUUCUCAAAACCUGCAUGAAGGAAAGCCUGAGCACAAGCAGCAAGCCCAGUCCUAUUCUGCAGACAGAAAAGAAGAGGAGAAGGAAACAGGAUCCUCUUAA